UUCUUGUUUUUCAUUUCGUUAUCUUCUUCUCCGUCUGUGUGUUUAUAACCCUAGCUGGGAAGAAAACAACUCUCUCUCUCUCUCUCUCUGCAUCUCACUCAAUUUCUUCCUCUUUUCAUUCAUUCAAUUCUUCUCUGUUUUUCUUCAAACCCUAAUCUCGAUUUCACUUUCUCACUCAAACUUAACGUCGAUUUUACAAUCCGCCGUUUUCCCCAAUUCGUAGAUCUCAAAUUUCUUUUCUUUUUUAUUUAUUAAAUCUUUCAACCAGGUUACAAUUUCAAUAUCAAUCGAUAAUAAUUUAUCGAUUUUUUUGCCUAAUUUCUUCAAUUUUGAGAUAGAUACAAGUCGAUUUCGUCACUAUUUUGAUUUGAACCGACAAUAAUUAAAACUGCGAGAUUAAGCGUUAAAAGUUGAAAAUUUGGAGUCAUAGUUAUAGAUAGAUUAAUCAGUAAAAAAAAAGCGGUUUUUGUUGACAAUGGUUGGUGGUGGAAGCAGAAGAGACGAUGGUUCAUUGGUGAUUAAAAACACCAACGUUUUUGCUGCUCUUGAUACUCUUAAGAAGAAGAAGAAAUCUGAUAAGGAUAAGAAGAAUAAGGCUUCCAAAUCUACCAAAUUGGAAUCUGAAUCCGAAUCUCAGGUUUUUUGGGCUCCGGCGCCGUUGAAUGCAACUUCAUGGGCUGAUGUUGAUGACGAUGAUGACUAUUAUGCAACCACUGCACCGCCUCAGAAUGUUUGGACUGCUUCUGAUUCUCAUCACACUGAGGAUAAACCAGACAAUUUUGAGGAUUCUGAGAGUGAGGAGGAUUUAUUAGAUGAAGGUGAUGAGGAGGUUGAGGAGGAGCACGAGCAUGAAUCAGAAUCAGAGCACACUGUGAUAUCUGAACCCGAGGUUAAGAAGCAGGCUGAAGUUCCAGUGGCACCAAAGGAGGCUGAACGACAACUCUCCAAAAAGGAAAGGAAGAAAAAGGAACUUGAAGAGCUCGAGGCUCUUUUGGCUGAUUUUGGAGUCCAACCGAAAGAAAGUAAUGAUGGUCAAUCUCAAGAUGAAUCGCAAGGCGCACCUCAGGAUAAGAAAGGUGUUGAAGGGGAUGUAGAUGGUGAAAAGAAAGAAGCCACUGCUGAGUCCAAGAAUGCCAAAAAGAAGAAAAAGAAGGACAAGGGUUCUAAGGAGGUGAAAGAAUCUAAUGGUCAGCCCAACAGCUCAGAAACAAACAACGGAACUGAUUUGGCCACAGGCACAGAAAAUGAAGAGGAGCCAUCUGUUGUUGACGUGAAAGAGCGUCUUAAGAAAGUUGCUUCUAUGAAGAAGAAGAAAUCCAGCAAAGAAAUGGAUGCUGCUGCUAGAGCUGCUGCUCAAGAGGCUGCUGCAAGGAACGCAAAGCUUGCUGCUGCAAAGAAAAAGGAGAAGAACCAUUAUAACCAACAACCUGUGCGGUAAAAGAAUCUUGUUCUCCUUUACAUCAAUACAGGAAUUUGUAUUCCUUGUUCAUACGAUGAUGCCGAAUAAACAGUUGGCUUUAGGUUCUUGGUGCCUAUUACUAGUCGUUUUUCAGCGGACCUGAGAUAUUGUCUUAAACUUUUUUGGAUUUGUGCUGUUUUAUUGUUAUAGAUUGACAUUUUGGCACAGAAAAUUUUAGUUUUAAAAAUUAUAUGAACUACCUUUUUUGUGUACUGAGGUUCUUUAUGGCCUUGUUGUGGCGGAUCAAUUAGUUUGGACUGAGAAGUUGAAGUUUACUCUUGAA